GUCGCAGCCGCCAUUUUGGAGCGACCCGAGCGCCGCCAGCGGCCCAAGCCGGUCUCCAGGUGCCGGCCGGCCCGCGCCGUGUCUGUGGGCGCCGUGUGCGUAGGCGCCGCGCCCGGCCGGGCCCAUGUGCGUGCGGUCCGCGCCAGGCCGCCCGGGCUUUGCCUCCGCCAGCGCCCUGGCCUCCACCCGGGCCUCCGAGGAGCCGCCGCGACGCCCGGCCCGCGGGGCAGGUGAAGAGAUUAUAAAUCAUCUUCUGAAUGAAAACAUUUUUCUUAAAGUUUCAUAUACUCCAAGAAAAAACUGCAAAUGUUUUUAUAUUUUGCCUGAGUACAAAAUUUAAACAAGACGUUUCCACCAAAGCUCUGUGGCCGUCACCAUGUUCUGGAAGUUUGACUUGAACACCACGUCCCAUGUCGACAAGCUGCUGGAUAAGGAGGACGUGACACUGCGUGAGUUAAUGGAUGAAGAUGACAUCUUGCAGGAGUGCAAGGCUCAGAACCGGAAGCUGCUGGACUUCCUGUGCAGGCAGCAGUGUAUGGAGGAGCUGGUGAGCCUCAUCACACAGGACCCGCCCCUGGACAUGGAAGAGAAGGUCCGCUUCAAAUACCCAAACACGGCCUGUGAGCUGCUGACGUGUGACGUGCCGCAGAUCAACGACAGACUGGGAGGGGACGAGACUUUGCUGAACCUUCUUUAUGACUUUUUGGACCGGGAGCCACCUCUCAACCCUCUGCUUGCCAGUUUCUUCAGCAAGACCAUUGGAAACCUCAUUGCAAGAAAGACUGAGCAGGUGACAGUGUUCCUGCGGAAGAAGGACAAGUUCAUCAGCCUGGUGCUGCGGCACCUCGGCACCUCAGCCCUUAUGGACCUGCUGCUGCGCCUGGUCAGCUGCGUGGAGCCAGCCGGGCUCCGGCAGGAAGUCCUGCACUGGCUCAACGAAGAGAAGAUCAUCCAGAGACUCGUGGAGCUGAUCCAUCCGAGUGAGGACGAAGACAGGCAGUCCAAUGCUUCCCAGACCCUCUGUGACAUCAUCCGGCUGGGCAGAGAGCAGGGCGGCCAGCUGCAAGAGACCGCGGAGCCCGACCCCCUCCUCGCAGUGCUGGAGUCGCAGGACUGUGUGGAGCAGCUUCUGAGGAACAUGUUCGAUGGUGACCAGACUGAGAGCUGCCUCGUCAGCGGGACACAGGUGUUGCUCACCUUGUUGGAAGCCAGGCGGGCUGGGUCAGAGGGCUUGGCGGACUCCUUUUCUCAGGGGCUGGAAAGGUGGUGCACUGUCAGUGGCAGCAUCCUACACGGCAUUGAGCCACGGCUGAAGGACUUCCACCAACUUCUGCUCAGCCCACCAAAGAAAAAAGCGAUCCUAACCACCAUUGGCGUGCUGGAGGAGCCCCUGGGGAAUGCCCGUCUGCAUGGCGCCCGCCUCAUGGCCGCCCUGCUGCACACAAACACGCCCAGCAUCAACCAGGAGCUCUGCCGGCUCAACACCAUGGGCUUACUGCUGGACCUGUUCUUUAAGUACUCCUGGAAUAACUUCCUGCACUUCCAAGUGGAGCUAUGCGUGGCCGCUAUUCUCUCCCAUGCUGCCAGUGAGGACAUGCCCCAAGCCAGUGGACCCGAGAGUGGGGUGGAGCCUCCGCCUGGGGCCAGGGCCCCAGAGACCUCCCAGCCUGCUGCCGGCCACCCCGAGAACACAAUGGUGACCCACCUGUUUCAGAAAUGCUGCCUGGUCCAGAGGAUCCUGGAGGCCUGGGAAGCCAACGACCACACACAGGCCGCAGGCGGCAUGAGGCGUGGGAACAUGGGCCACCUCACUCGGAUUGCCAACGCGGUGGCACGGAACUUGGAGCGGGGCCCCGCACACACCCCCGUCGGUGAGGUCAUCCGAGGGCUCCCUGCGGACUGCCGCGGGCGCUGGGAGAGUUUCGUGGAGGAGACGCUGACGGAGACCAACCGCAGGAACGCCGUGGAUCUGGUAAGCACCCACCACCUCCACCCCUCAAGUGACGACGAGGACAUGGAGGGCGCGUUCCCUAACGAGCUGUCCCUGCAGCAGGCUUUCUCCGAGUACCAGGUCCAGCAGAUGACGGCCACCUUCGUGGAUCAGUUUGGCUUCAAUGAUGAGGAGUUUGCAGACCAGGACGACAGUGUCAAUGCCCCAUUUGACAGGAUCACAGAGAUAAACUUCAACAUCGAUGCUGACGAGGACAGCCCCAGCGCUGCUCUGUUUGAGGCCUGCUGUGGAGACCACAUCCAGCCCUUUGACGAUGACGAGGAUGAUGACAUCUGGGAGGACAAGGAGACGCACUGUGCCGCCCGGGUGAUGGCCAGAGCCAGGUUUGGGGGCCCUCAUGCCUCAGAGAACGGCCUGGCGCGUGGAGGCCAGGACAGGGAGGAGGCAGACACGGGUGCGGCUCGGGUGGGGGCCUCUCCUGCUGCUGCCCAGAAGGAAGGUCCUCGCAUGGACGGUGGUUCAGAAGGCACAUGGACGGUGUUUGAUGAACCAGUGAGCCCUACGGCUUCAGCUCCCGGAGUCGCAAUGGACGUGGGUUCCAGUGUGUGGUCAGCCAGCACCCCCAGCACCUCGGCUCUGGAAGACAAAGGCUGGGCCAAGUUUACCGACUUCCAGCCUUUCUGCUGCUCCGAGUCGGGGCCCAGGUGCAGCUCCCCAGUGGACACAGGCCUCGGCGAUGCCCAGGAUGGCCUGAACCAGGGCCCAGAGAGAACUCCUGGCCCUGCCUCCCCGUGUGCCUGGAACGUGUGUGUGUCCAGGAACGCCUCUCUGGUGGCUUCCAACAGUGACGAGGACAAGCAGAAGGUGGCUGUCACCUCAGAGGCUGUCAGUAUGGGUCCUGGCCGGGAGGCCCCCCCACUGCCCACAUCUGUCCCCAGGGCCCCGCACGCUGCCAGCACACCACCAGAUCCUGCCUCCCCUGCACCUGCAGAAGCCACCUCCGCCCUGUCUGUGGCUGUCCCCCUCGAGGCAGCCACCACAGCACUGAGCAAGGCCUGUCCUGUCCCAGCCACCCCAGCAGUGUCUGUGUUGGUGGUGUCCGUGACCUCAAGGCCCGUGGUGGCCAUCACCACCACAGCCCCAGCCAGCCCAGCCCCAGCCAGCCCAGCCGUCUCCACGGUGGCUGUCCUGGGGACAGGGACAAGGGACAGGACCUUGGACGAGCCACCGCCUGCAGGAACCACCUCCAAUGGCCCCGUGUGAAGCUGCUGCCGCCCAGCCAUGGCGUGCCCUUCAUGGAAAAACUACCUGGUGAUGCAAUUUGUCUUUUUUAAUUUAAUUUAAUUUUAAAAUAAAUGCUGCAUUGGCAAAGCUGGCAGUUGGAACCCGUUGGCCGGCCCAGCUCGCCUCGCUCCUGCCCGACCCCACACACAGCAGUAAGGCCUCAGAGGUGCGCUCGGCCUGCCAGAGCGGGGCCGUGACCCUGAGAUGCCACAAGGACGGAGGGCGUGACGGGCGCAGAUGCCACAGGCUCGCAGACUCAAGUUUUUACCGAUUUUUUUAACAAAUGCAGAAAUAACCGGUUGUUUGCACUUUGGGUCUUCCUGGCUCUGGGGAUAAAUGUGUCUGUCUGGAGCUGGGCUGGCCAGACGGGGUGUCAGCUGCCCAGUGGCCCUAGGCGCUGGCCUUGAGCCAGGCUGCAACGUGUGACUGCCUUAAGCCCUCGCACCGGUGUGUUUGGGGCACCUGGCAGGGGCUGACCAUGGGCGUGCAGGAGGGGGUGCCGGGUGGGUGAGGGCUGCACCUGGGGGCGGGGCCACAUCAUCCUCGAGGGCCCACAGGAUUGAUGUCGUCCAUUUCUAAUGUUCUGAUCUGACAGGGCCCCCGAAACCCCAACUCCUAAUAAAGUUGUUAUUCUUACUGAUAA